CUGAAGGAUCUUAUUGGCUGCUUCUGCAACGUAAACAUGUAGCUGUUUCAUCAGUAUAACUGUAUUACUAUCGAGAAGGGGAUUCACUAAUUGUACAGCAGUUUGUCAGUAGUCCGACGAAUCAUGGCAGUGUUGCUGAAAAUAUCCAUUUCGGAGCUGGGUCAGAGCGGUGUCAGCUUGAUAAGUAGCUAACACUGAGUAGCUAACUAUCGUGUUUGUAUUUGGCCUUGCUAAUUAAACGGCUAGCCUCCAGUAGGGAGUAGCGAAGGGCUACAUCGACGUUAGCCAAACAAAGAAGGAUGGCAAGUAAGGUUAUCUAGCAAGGACACGCUAAGAAGAGGAGUAAACAAUGAAUAAAUCUAGAGGUUCUGGUGCCUCAACACCAGUGAAUGGAAAGCAGGUUACUGACUGGGACACCAGGCGGAAAAGAAAAACUGCGGACAUCAGUCAGGCCCUAAAUGCGAGUCCUGUGGAUGUAGCAGCUCUGAGGAGGAUGGCCAUUAGUGAGGGGGGGCUACUGACUGAUGAGAUACGCCGUCAGGUGUGGCCUCAGCUUCUCAACGUCCCCCCAAACCUCUUGGAUCAGGAGCCAGAAACGGUAGAGCGGGAUAAUAACAAGGACUACAACCAGGUGCUGCUGGAUGUCCAGCGUUCCCUUCGAAGGUUCCCGCCUGGUAUGCCAGACGAGCAGCGGGAGGGUCUCCAGGAGGAGCUAAUUGACAUUAUCCUCCGGGUUCUGAAACGUAAUCCCCAGCUGCAUUAUUACCAAGGAUACCAUGACAUUGUCGUCACCUUCUUGCUUGUCCUGGGAGAACGCCUAGCCACUGCCCUCGUGGAAAAGCUCUCCACACAUCAUCUCAGGGACUUCAUGGAUCCCACCAUGGACAACACAAAACACAUUCUUAACUACUUGAUGCCCAUCAUUGACAGGGUCAACCCUGAGGUGCAUGACUUCAUGCAACAGGCUGAGGUGGGUACAGUCUUCGCUCUCAGCUGGCUGAUCACCUGGUUUGGCCACGUCCUGUCAGACUUCCGUCAUGUUGUACGGUUGUAUGACUUCUUCCUGGCCUGCCAUCCAUUGAUGCCCAUCUACUUUGCUGCUGUGAUCGUACUGUACAGAGAAGAGGAGGUGUUGGAUUGUGAAUGUGAUAUGGCCAUGGUUCAUCACCUGCUGUCGCAGAUUCCCCAGGAUCUGCCAUACGAGACUCUCAUCAGCCGAGCAGGAGACCUCUUUGUCCAGUUCCCACCUUCUGAACUGGCAAGAGAGGCUGCCUCACAUGACAACAUGGCAUCCUCUACCUUUAAGGACUUUGACCUUGCAUCAACUCAACAGCGGCCAGACUCUGUUCUCCGUCGUCGACGUAGACAGAAACAGGCUGCGCUGGAGAGCGCAGCAGCAAACUCAGUAGUGGCAGUGGGCCAACCUUCAGCAGCACGUCGGUUUGUUCGUUUGGCAGUCAUGGGUCUGACAGUGGCUUUAGGGGCAGCAGCUCUUGCUGUGGUCAACACUGCCCUGGAGUGGGCCCCCAAACUGGAUCUGUUUCCUUGAACUGCUCCUCCUUUAACCCCUUCAUGCUCCAAUUUACCUAUCCUUGACUCAAUCUACCUGUUGGGUCUGUUUCCAAGACUGAAUUACACCAUGAACUCUGCAGUCAAUAACACUGUCUGGAGUGUUGGCUCUAAACGGAGUUAACGCUCCUCCUCUCUUUUGUAGGGCGUGUCUUAACACCCUAUGUAGGGCUUCUUAGGCCUCAGUUAAGGAUCAUUUUAAUGGCUCCUGAAGAACAUGCAUCAGUGUGACAGCUACACAUGCUGGUGCUAACAAAUGAAGAAUCCAUCCUGUUAUGAUGAAAAGACUGUAUUUCUGAGAACUAUUAUUGGUGGUGUCAUUAUUAAAGUUUAUUUAUAUUUGGUAUUAGAAUAAUCUGAUAUUCAGUUAUUCCCAUAGAGAUUAAUGAAGGCUUGGUGGACGCACUACACUUGAAACUGCUGCCAAUUUAGAGAGUUUGAGUGAAUGUGUGUGUGUGUGUGUGUGCGCGUGUGUAUGUGUGUGGUUGCAACCCAUUUCUUAGCUAUUUGAUAUCUGGACUGAGACCAAAUAGAGGAUUGUUAGAAUCCUCUUUCUGUAUGAUUUCCUGUUUAUAGGUAUGCAAGUCGCUGUAAAAAUGUGGUCAUGACACAGGCAAUUCUUAAGGCAACCAUUUUAUUAUGUUAUUAAGUAACUUUGUCCCUUAAAAUUGUUUGAAAAAGCACUUUUAUUUCAGAAAACAAUGUCUCUGUGACCCAGUAUCUUUAAAACAUGUCUAAAGUUGCUUCCC